AGACGAAUGUCAGCAGACGUCGGCACUCCUCCCAUUUGUCAUACGACAGCGUGGCGAACAAGUCGCCACUGGGUUGCUCUGUGGAGUUUUUUUGUGUGGAAAUUCGUGAAAAUAGUGAAAUAAAUUGUGUGGAAAAAUGUCAGUGAACUUGCGUACCGUGUACGCCUUUGCCAGGGAAAUGUAUCCCAAGAAGGUGAAGGGAGAUAUUCAGUAUGGAACAGCAGGAUUCCGGACAAAAGCAGAGAAUUUGGAUUAUGUAAUGUACCGGAUGGGAUUAUUGGCAACUCUGAGAUCGCGCUUCAAGAAUGGAGCUGUGAUUGGGGUGAUGAUAACGGCUUCGCAUAAUCCGGAGCCGGAUAAUGGGGUGAAACUGGUGGAUCCGGAAGGGGAGAUGUUAGAGGCCAGAUGGGAAAAAUUGGCCACGAGAUUGGCCAAUGUGAGUGAUCAGGAGCUUGAGCAGGAGAUUGCGGCGGUGAUUCAGGAGGAGAAUGUUUGUAUUUCUGCUCCAUCGACGGUGUAUGUGGGCAUGGACAAUCGCUAUCACAGUCCUAGGCUACUAAAGGCGGUCUGUGAUGGGGUUGUGGCCCUUAAGGGCGGUGUUAAGGAAUUUGGGAUCCUCACAACACCAAUGCUGCACUACUUGGUAGUUGCAGCAAAUACCAGAUGCAGCUACGGUACUCCAACAGAAGAGGGCUACUACAAGAAACUCAUCACGGCAUUUCAGAACAUCAGGGGUACUACAACAACUCAUGGCAACUACACAAAUCGCGUCUACUUCGACGGGGCCAAUGGAGUGGGAGCGCGAAAGAUGAUUCAGUUCCUCAAGCGCAUGGAUAGGGGCCUAGACGUUGUGGUGUUCAACAGUGGUGAAGGAAAGAUUAAUCAUGAGUGCGGAGCAGAUUAUGUGAAAGUCCAGCAGAGAGCCCCAAUUGGGAUGCCAGAGGUUGAGGCAAAUGCCCGAUGUGUGUCAGUGGAUGGAGAUGCUGAUCGUGUUGUGUAUUUCUUUACGGACGAGAACAAUUGCUUCCAUCUUCUGGAUGGAGAUCGCAUUGCUACACUUGUAGCAGAUUAUCUCAUGGGACUUGUACGAGUGUGCAAUAUCAAUCUGCGAAUGGGCCUGGUGCAGACUGCUUAUGCCAAUGGAGCCUCCACGGACUAUAUUGAGCAUCAGCUGCGUGUUCCAGUGGCGUGUGUCCCCACGGGUGUCAAGCAUCUCCAUCACAAAGCCACGGAGUUUGAUAUUGGAGUGUACUUCGAGGCCAAUGGGCAUGGGACUGUGAUCUUCAGCAAAAAUGCCAAGCAACUCAUCAAGAAGACGGCAGAAGAUGACAAUUUGAAUGAAGAGCAACGAAAUGCCGCAAAGACAUUCUUGCAAAUAAUUGAUCUCAUCAAUGAGACUGUUGGCGAUGCCAUCUCAGACAUGCUUCUCGUGGAGACUGUUCUGCUGGCCAAGGGUUGGAAUCUACGGGAUUGGGUGAAUACCUACACCGAUCUGCCCAAUUUGCAGCUCAAGGUCUCAGUUGCGGAUCGCAAUGUCAUCACCACGACUGACGCUGAGCGCAUCUGUGUGACUCCUGAAGGACUACAGGAAGAGAUUAAUGCCCUUGUGGCCAAAUAUCCACGAGCUAGGGCCUUUGUUCGUCCCUCGGGUACUGAAGACGUGGUUCGGGUUUAUGCUGAGGCCGAAAAUAAGGAGGAUACAGCCGUUUUAGCCCAUGAAGUGGCUUCUGCUGUCCAUCGGCUUGCCGGAGGUGUUGGGAAUCCUCCGGAAAUUCCCAGGCAAUUUGUCAACUCUCACUAUUGAGAGCAAGGAAUAGAGGUAGGUCAAAUGGACAGUAGGUAGGUCAUCUUCAAUGUGGGUCCAAGUUCAUUUUAAGCAAUCACUUGUCAGUUUUUUUUUUGUAGUGACUCUCAGUGGCGAGAUCUUUUUAUAAAAAAAACCCUUUCUAGCCACUGAUUUGUGAUCCCAUUAACUGCCAUCUACCAACUGUUUUUAAGGCAGAGAUUCCUUUACAGGAAUAGACACUCUGUCCAAGAAUAUACUUCAGAACUUAUAUCUCAAAGGAGAAGAAAUAACUCACCUAGAAUCAAAUGGUGUGUGUCUUAGAUAAAAUUGUUGAAAAUUUCUUUGCCAAUUGCUUGCAUUUUGUCAUCCUCUUCAAGAGGUUGGAAACAAUUUUAACGUCUAUAUUUUUUAUAGUGGAUUUAAGAGAUAUUUUUUCUGUAGAAAUGUAUGAUUACCAAGAUCGGGUCGAUAAUUUAUUAUUUUUUAUUUUUAUUUUGUUUUUUUGUACCUCUGAAAUUCUUUUUUUUUCUAAAAUUUGUUUUUUUUUAUUUCUGUGCCCUGGAAUUUUUUUUUCUAAAGUUGAGAUUGGAUAAUUUUUGUACAACAUUCCCGAAAGACAUGAGAACAUACGAUAGAGUUAAAAAAAAAAGAUUAUAAAAAACUAUUUACUUUAAGCACAACUUAACUCAUAAUUUACAAAAUAUUUUUUUUCUUUUCUAAUGGAAUUUCAUGAGAAAUUUAUAAUGUUGGAUCUUAAUAAAUUAAUACCAUAGA